AUGUCAGUGAUAACAAUAUUUGAAUGUCAUACCUCUACUGGGGACAUACCAUAUAAGUCGGCUUCCGAGAACAGAUCCCAAUUAUCAGGCGGAGUCUUUGAUCGCAGAGAUGGAACAGAAUGUAUCGGCUCUCCCAUCCACGGUGAAUCUCACAUUUACAGCUCGGAAAAUUGUGAGAUACUUUUUCGAGACAUCAAUUUGGGAGAGGAAAACGAAAAAAGAGAGAGCGGCGAUGUACUAAAUCAACAAACAGGCGGCAAAAGGACAAUGGCAACAAUGUUUUUAAAUGUUUCAAUCGAGAAAGAAUUCAAGAAUUUCGACCAAGCUUUGGGAAUUGUUCCGAAUAGUAAAGGAGUCAAUGAAUCAUCGUGCAACGAUCCUCUUAUUGUAGUUGAAAAGAUCAUGAGCGAUUCCGAUUGUUCUCGUGUUGCUACUUCUCUUUGUCUUGAACUACAAAAUUCUCUUACUCGUGUAUUAUUGUUUCUUGGAGAAUAUUCCGAAAUAGUUUCAAAGGAGUCCAAGGCCCGGGUUACAUGGGACGUAUUGGAUGAUGGAACUGUAUUUGAGCUCGAAAAAUAUAUAUCAGAAGAAUUACGCAAUAACCUAUCUCACUCCAAAAAAAAAGAAAAAUUAGAACUCAAAAAAUAA